AUGAAAUGUCCUGAUGAUGAAUGGUCAAAUGAGAAGAAGGAUCGGUGUGUUCCAAGAGUGGUGGAAUUUCUCUCCUACACUGAUGAUCCCAUUGUUGGAGUAUUUUCAGCCGUCUCCAUCCUCUGUUGUCUUCUGACUGGUUUAAUAUUGGGGAUAUUUAUACAUUACCAGGACACCCCCAUUGUUAAAGCCAAUAACCGGAACCUGAGCUAUCUUCUCCUGGUCUCCAUCAUGCUGAGCUUCCUCUGUGUCUUCUUGUUCCUCGGCCAUCCAGUAGAUGUGACCUGCAUGCUGCGUGUCACCUCUUUUGGUGUCAUCUUCUCAGUUGCCGUCUCUUCUCUACUUGCCAAAAGUAUCAUGGUGUGUAUUGCUUUUAAAGCCACCAAACCUGGGAGUCCCUGGAGGAAAUGGAUGGGAGCCAAACUGUCCAAUUUUAUCAUUUGUGUCUUCUCAUUGGUUCAAGUCAUAAUCUGUGUCACUUGGUUGUCUAUUUCUCCCCCCUUCCAGGAUCGGGACACUCACUCUUAUCAGGGGAAGAUCAUCAUUCAGUGUAAUGAGGGUUCAGUUAUCGGCUUCUACUCUGUCCUGGGAUAUAUGGGGCUUCUGGCAGCUAUGAGCUUCAUUAUCGCUUUUUUAGCCAGGACAUUACCGGACAGUUUUAAUGAGGCCAAGUACAUCACCUUCAGCAUGCUGGUGUUCUGCAGUGUCUGGAUUGCCAUGAUCCCGGCCUAUCUGAGCACCAGAGGGAAAUACAUGGUGGCUGUGGAGGUUUUUGCUAUAAUGGCCUCAAGUUCUGGGCUUCUUAGCUGUAUAUUAUUCCCAAAAUGUUACAUAAUUCUGUUCAGACCCGACCUGAAUACAAAAACAUAUAUCCACUAA